AUGUUUAUCAGAAGUUACAUUCUGCAGGAGAAUGAAUGCAUGAGAAUAAAAAUUUUGGGAGACUGCUACUAUUGUGUAUCCGGACUCCCUAUAUCUCUCCCAAACCAUGCCAAGAACUGUGUGAAAAUGGGGCUGGACAUGUGUGAAGCCAUAAAGAAGGUGAGGGAUGCAACUGGCGUGGAUAUUAACAUGCGCGUGGGAGUGCAUUCCGGGAACGUCCUUUGCGGGGUCAUCGGCCUGCAGAAGUGGCAGUACGACGUGUGGUCACAUGACGUGACCCUGGCCAAUCACAUGGAGGCUGGAGGGGUCCCUGGACGUGUUCACAUUUCUUCUGUCACCCUGGAACACUUGAACGGCGCUUAUAAAGUGGAGGAAGGAGACGGUGACAUCAGAGACCCAUAUUUAAAGCAGCACCUGGUGAAGACCUACUUUGUAAUCAACCCCAAGGGAGAACGAAGGAGUCCUCACCUCUUCAGACCUCGCCACACCCUCGAUGGAGCCAAGAUGAGGGCUUCUGUUCGCAUGACCCGGUACCUGGAGUCCUGGGGAGCGGCCAAGCCCUUUGCACACCUGCAUCAUCGAGACAGCAUGACCACAGAGAAUGGCAAGAUCAGCACGACGGAUGUGCCAAUGGGUCAGCAUAAUUUCCAAAAUCGUACCUUGAGAACCAAGUCCCAAAAGAAAAGAUUUGAAGAAGAAUUAAAUGAAAGGAUGAUUCAAGCAAUUGAUGGAAUUAAUGCACAAAAGCAGUGGCUCAAGUCUGAAGACAUUCAGAGAAUCUCACUCCUGUUCUACAAUAAAAUACUAGAAAAAGAAUACCGAGCCACUGCACUGCCAGCGUUUAAGUACUACGUCACCUGCGCCUGUCUCAUAUUCUUCUGCAUCUUUAUUGUACAGAUUCUGGUAUUACCAAAAACAUCGAUUCUGGGGAUCUCCUUUGGAGCUGCAUUUCUCCUGCUCGCCUUUAUCCUUUUCAUCUGCUUUGCUGGACAGCUUUUGCAAUGCAGCAAGAAGGCAUCCGCCUCUCUCCUGUGGCUGUUGAAGUCGUCGGGCAUCAUCGCCGACCGGCCCUGGCCGCGGUCUCCCUCACCGUCCUCACCACGGCCAUCAUUCUGA